GCAGGAAACAUCUCUUUCCCUAAGGACCUUUUCAAGCGCUUAGCCAAUUAACUCUUCUUUGCAACUCAUUACUGACAUAUUGUAGAACACUAUAGGUCAACAAUCGCUCUGUGUGCGAAAAAUGAAAAGUAGGUCUCUUUCGUUUCAUAAUCCUGGGCUAAUUUGCUUCUCUUUAGGCAAGCAGGUUACCUCAUUAAAUAGUCAUGAGAGCUAUUGUUCCGUUUCAGCUGCAUGUCAGCUGUCCUCUAACAAUAAUAGACCGCGAUGAUCUCUGUAUAUUCCGUCCAGUGACAGGCGACAACCAAUGUCAACAACCAUUGUCCUGUGAAUCACGAUAGACACGUUAUCUGAGCACCAAGUAUAAAAAGCUGUCUGUUGCUGUGAGGCUUCCACACCGCAAAGCCUUUUCCGAUUGUAAAAACUAGCGUUUCAUACAUUUGACUUGAAGAAUAAAGAAAUAUUUCCGACAGAUGCUUAUAGCUGUGGCACUAUAUCCUUGGACAAGAGCCAGCACAUUGAAGGACAGCGGUAAACCACACAGCUUGAAAUGAUUUGUGGGAAAUAUUCAUUAUGGCGGAUGGCAACGCAGAAGACGGUGCGAAGGGACAAUUUCUGUUCUGCAUUAUUUGCCGUAUAAACCACGACCAAGGGAGAAAACAUAUUUACUCAAGAAAGCAUAGGACCUUGCUUAGCCAGAUCCUGAUUAAAUUUGGCAAAAAGGUUGACGAAGCCAGAAGGUUUCUGAAGAAACCAUCUGUUGAAGAUGGUGAGUUAGAGCCAGGGUCAAGAUUUUGGUGUCACUUCUGCAGUGAGAAUGUUAAUAAACAUGUCACUGAUAGAGAAGUUACUAUCAAGUAUGGUGGACUCUUUGAACACUUUGCAAGUGAGAAUCACAGCAAAAAUCUUCAUAAGUACUGGUGGGAAAAUGGAGCAGACAAAAAUCUUAAAGAAAAGUUCUUAAUCAAUAAAGAGAAGUUUAACAGCUACAAAGAAGAGGUCAACAAGAAACUCCAGGAAUUUGAAGCUGCGAUGGAACAAAAGAGAUUAAAGGCAGUUUCCCAGAUCAAACGUAGAGAACUCCUUCAAGCUCAUACAAGCCAACAGCCACCAGAAAUUCAAGUUACACCUGAAGUUGUCUACAAAACAGUACAAAAUGAACAAGGAAUUCUUCAGAACCCCACUGGAUGGCAUGAAGGACAAAGAGUGUGGGGUGGUGGAAUAGUAAAAUACAGACCUGGUUCAAAUCAGUGGUUUCCAUGGAAUAUGGAUUCAAUUGAUAAAGGCUCUAAAGGUUCUCCCCUUUCAAAUGGUGUCAUAACAAAAACAAGGUUCCAAACAGCUGAAGCUUUUGGAGAGAAUCUUACUUGCAUAGGAAUUCCGGAACUUAAGGAGGGAGAAGGAAAUAUACACACAGGUGCAACACCCCCGUGGCUGAGAGAUGAUAAUGAUGAUGACGACGAUGAUGAUAACAAGGAUAGCAGCACUGCAAGUGAUGUUGUCAUUGGUCCAUCUUAUGAUGCUUUUAAAAAGCAUGUGGAGAAAAUGAAAAAAAUAAAUCACAAAAACCCACAGCGAGUUGGCGCAAACUUUGACCGGAAAAGAGAGACAAGUGAUGACUGGUUGCCUUCGUUUGGCAGAGUGUGGAAUCAUGGCCCACGCUGGCAGUCAAGACAUGACUUUCGAUGGGAGAACAAAAAGGCAAAGAAGAAAUGAAGAAAUAACAUGAUUUGAAUAAAUUCACCUGGAAUGGAAACAGGCGUGA